AUGUACACACUGCUUAGCCGUGCUGGGCAUGUGCCACAAAGGAUGCUGGGUCUGAUGACUGCAAAUUUUGGCAAUCGCCUUCCAGCUAUAAAGUCACUCGUGCACCAGAACAGCACAACAUACAUCCCGGUCCUGCAGUCGUUGGAGCUUCUGGCAUCUUCCCGUCUGUUUAGCAACUCAUCUCGUGUCGAACUUCCAAAGAGCCUGGAUUCCCGUAUAGAGGAAUACGAUCGCUACAACGAGAUAUGUCGAGCCCGAUAUGCCGAAGAUGCUACCUUCCGCAAAAGGAACCUUACCAAGGGACACAAUCGAAGGAAAAAUUUUGACUCCCGUCGCUCGCAAGCAUUCCAAUCCUGGGUGAUCCGGCAAUUGAAGAAAGGACCAUCGGCCUCUUCAAUCAUCUGGGAUACUCACGUCCCUUUUCACCGUCAAGACACACCAGGCCGACUCUUCUGUACGGGAUGUGGCAGACAUCAUCCCCCCAAUUACCGUGUUUUCUGGGAAAGAAAGGAUCAACCAGGGAUCUUCGAUUGCCACACCUACUACACUAGGGGUUGGUCAAGAGUACUUCCGCUCAAUGCUGAGGAGCUCGGCUUUGGAACAGAGAUUAUGAAGGACUACUAUCAACCCGGACAGGACGGUGCUUUAUCGGAACACUCAACUAUUGUGGGUGAGGCUGAGGAAAAUGCGACCGUCACUGGUGUCAAACCAGCGAGCAAGACAUGA